AUGGCCAAGUAUACGUUAUUCCGGGCAACGUUACCGGAUCCACAAAUUGGCGGCAUCAUCAAGACUCUGAUAGGCGCCGACGAAACCGCGGCGGAAGCCUAUAAAAACGUGGAGCGUGAGACAGUUGCUACCCUUGAAUGGAUGAGGGUCAUUGUCAAUGAGAUGGGCCAAUUCAAGGGCAUAGGGCCAAAUGAUCAAACAAUGAUCAAGUGUGGUGCUGCAGACAUGGUACCGAUUCAGCACCGUCCUGGUUUUUGGUUUGAUCGAGAGUAUCCGAUGAUGAGCCCUGUACGGCCGGCUACCAACCGGAGGAUGUUCUGCGACCCGGAAGUAAGUGCAUUCACAUAUAUCGUCGACGAGCCAAACGGGAGGCCUGAAGCGAUCGUGGUUAUUUGCAUGCAGCCGGAUGGACCAUUUUGGCCUCAUGGGCGAAUAAGAGUUGCUAGUGAAUGGAAUGAACCGCUCAUCGAGGGGGAAUCUCUGGAUAUCUUUGAGAACCAUCUGAGUUUGACACUCCUGCACGAGUUCAUGCAUGCGGCGGGAGUAGAGUAUUUCCCUCCGAUUCUCCCUGAUGACGUUGGGGAAGCGUAUGGUGUUGGAGAAAUCAGUCGUCUGACGACCGAACAAAAGAGAAUGAAUGCCGACGGCUAUGCACUUUUGGCGACAGCGAUAGCGACGAUGAUCCCCAAGCCAGCACGGGCCCACUGA